AUGGCCAACGAGCAGCCUUCUCUCCACCUUGCGGUGCAUCCCUCCUCCUUUGCUUACUCAGAGCCGCUGUCCCUUGUUCUCCUGGUGUCCUUGGAGAGCGUCUCCCUUCCUCAUACGCAGCCACUCCCUUUCUCCUUCUGUAGGCAUGACCAGUGUAAAGGGCAACAACCACUGUUCCACCCCGACAUCUUCGAGUUGGGUCCCAUGCCACCAAAACCUGGGGGCCACCCUCUGGACACCCCGCACCGUGCACAGGAGCUGCCUGCAAGACUCUCCCACAGUAUCAGUAUCACAUUCUUCAAUGGGAUGUUUAAAAAUAUGGAAAGUGCGACGGAGAUUUUGGACUGCCUGGGCCCCCGCUUCACCUGGCUGCAGGCCGUCUUCACCAGCUUCCCUGCGCUGCUCCAGUUCGUGAGUGGUAUGAGGUGUGUGGCUGGUCUCUGCCCCCGAGACUUGGACGACUACGGCUGCGCCUGCAGGUUUGAGAUGGAAGGGCUGCCCGUGGACGAGUCUGACAGCUGCUGCUUCCAGCACCGCAGGUGCUACGAGGAGGCCGCCGAGAUGGACUGUCUCCAGAACCCUGCCAAGCUCAGCACAGACGUCCGAUGCGCCAGCAGGGAGAUCACGUGUGAGUCCAGGGACCCAUGUGAGCGCCUGCUGUGUGCCUGUGACAAGGCUGCCAUAGAGUGCUUGGCCCGGUCCAGGAUCAACUCCUCCCUGAACCUCCUGGACACCUCCUUCUGUCUGGCUCAGCCUCCAGAGACGACCAGCAGGGAGGAGCCCACGACCCUCCCGCUCGGAGUGGAUCCUAUGGAGCCCACAGACACCAGCCUGAUGGCCCUCUCAGGAGAAGUGGCUGCUGAGACCAGAGAUGAGCAACUGACAACUCUCUCCAGGACAAAACCAGGCCAAGACCAGGAAGGCACAGAAGCCACAAGGACCACAACCCCUCCAGGGUCUGCAGAGAUUGUUGCUGCAGCUAGAGAUGUAACCGCUGUCCCGGCUGGCAUUAAGUCUUUGGGGGUGGCUGUGUCAUCCAUCGCAAACGGUCCCGAGAAGACAACCGGAAAAGCUUGUGACAGGUUCACCUUCCUGCACGUGGGAAGUAGGGACCACACACAGGUGAUGCCACAGCUUGGAGAGAUGCUCUUCUGUCUGACGUCCCGGUGCCCGGAGGAGUAUGAAUCUUACGGCUGUUACUGUGGGCAAGAAGGACGAGGUGAACCCAGGGACGCCCUGGACAGGUGCUGUUUCUCCCAUCACUGCUGCCUGGAGCAGGUGAGAAGGCUGGGCUGCCUGCUCGAGAGGCUUCCUCGGCCAUCGGCAGAGUGUGUGGACGGGAUACCCCCGUGCGUGGGGCCGAGCCUGUGCGUGAAGCUGCUUUGUGCCUGUGACCAGACAGCGGCCGAGUGCAUGGCCUCCGCCUCCUUUAACCAGAGCCUCAAGUCAUCGGGCGGGCCGGAGUGCCAGGGCGGCCAGCUCCCCUGCGAGGACAGCGAGGAUGGAGGGCGUUCGGCUCCCUCCCGCGGCUCCAGCUCCGAAGAGGAGAGCGAGGAGGCCGUGCCCCGCACCGUGCACCUGAGGAGGACCAGAAGAUUUCUGGGGAGGUCGCCUGGCCCUGUGGCGACCGGGCCACAUGGCCCCAGGUAGAUCCCCGGAGGAAACGACGAGCACUCGGCUUUCCUGUUGCUCCUGUCACCGUUCCCCCUCUGUCGUGGAAUCGGGGAGGGGCGCACAGGGAAGAGAGGCAGCGGGAACCCCGCGUGCGGGCAGUGGGAUGGGUUUAGUCAGGUGAGGCUGCAACGUGCCCUUGGAGAAGGCAGCCGAGGUGAGGUCCUCCACUCGCUGUAGCGUGCACUGUGCAAGUUCAAUAAACAUUCCAACUAACUCCCUGGCUUUUGUU